AUGGGAACGGAACUGAAUAAUUUCGAAGACUCCAAUGCCAAGAAAAAUACCGAGCAAUUGCAAGGCGGAACAUCGGCAGCCGGAUCAGCGCGAACCUCUGCCUCGUGCAGCUUAGCAUCUUCGAGGGAGUCAUCCACAAGCGCACCCGGACCGGUUCCGUACAAAGUAUUGAUGCUCGGCGAUCCCGCUGUCGGAAAAUCAUCUCUGGUUUCUCAGUUUAUGACCUCGGAGUACCUGCACGCGUACGAUACGAGCAUAGGUAAACUUCCAAAAUCACUAACCACACCACUACAACACUUUCGUGAAGACAAUAAACGUUUGAAGAAGCGGAACUUAAACGAUUUUGUUGAUGAUGAAAGUGGAGAGAAAUCAGUGUCGGUGCUGCUGGCUGGAGAAGAAUCUGAGUUGACAUUUAUCGACUUUGCUACUGCAGAUUUAUCGCCUGAGAGCUGCAUAAAUAAGUACAAUGAUCCACACGCCUACUGCGUUGUUUAUUCAAGUGCCGACCGAUCCAGUUUGAUGUGCGCCGAACGAAUUCUACAAAAUUUGUGGACCUCUGACAACAUCAGCACAAAAGCUGUAAUUUUAGUUGCGAAUAAAGCGGAUCUCGUCAGAUCGAGGGUGGUUUCCACGGAAGAAGGGAAGAUGAUGGCGACAGCGUACGACUGCAAGUAUAUCGAAACAUCCGUCGGAAUAAAUCACAACGUCGACGAGCUUCUAGUCGGGAUUCUAACUCAGAUACGUCUCAAGUUAGAAAAUCCCGAAAAAACGCGAGACAUUUUCAAGAAGCGAAGCACAUCAAAAAGAAACCUGACCAGAAACAGAUCUCCCGGAUCUGCCGCCGACUCGCCGGUCGGAAGCGCUCAAAAUUCUCCGAAGAAAAGUAGAGGGACGAGAACUUCGGCAAGCUUGAAAGUUCGAAACUUGUUAGGCAAAGUUUGGGCGCGAGAUAGUAAAUCCAAAUCGUGUGAAAAUCUGCACGUUUUGUAAAUGAUUUCAGUUCCCGGUACAAUUGAACCACGCAAUAAUACUUACAAUUAUCUUAUAAACUGUAGAUGUAUUUUUGGUAAAUCGAAAUGUAUUAACUACCAAAGGGUCCACAUGUAGUAAUUAGUUGAUAAUUUUUGUACAUUUAUUGGAUGAAUUACUGAUUGACAAACAAUUGUAAUCAAACAAACCAAAAAGGUGCUUGUGUCCAAUGUGUACGAUGUCAAUCUAAAGGUACACAAUCCUUUCAUGCAUUACUUAGACUGAAAGUAUAAGUAGCAACGCUGUAGUUCCCCAAUUAGUUAGUAGAAUGAGAAAAUAAUUAUUGAGUUGAUGGAAGAUGCAUGGAUAGUCGGCCACAUCGGGCAUUUAUCUAUUUGAAUCUUAUAAUCGAUGUAGUUUUUCAAAUAUAUUCGUGUCGUAAAAUGUAUUUAGAUUUUUCAUUGUAGAGGCUAGAAAAACUAUUAUGACCAAUUUUAUUUGUGCCUUGCAUAGGCUUUUAAUACAAAUUAGAGAUCAAUCGAACAGCUGAUGAAAACAUAGAGAAUUGUUGAAACACCAUAUCUAUCCUGUGAUUGGUUUAUACGACCUUUUUGGUACAUUUUUUGUUUGAGAAUUUUUGUAGUUAGUUCACACGAACACCAAAUUUUUCCAUAUAUAGGUACCUAGCAGUCAAUAUUGACUCCCGUGUAAGUUUGAGUUAAUUUAACCUCCGCGCCUCUGGUGUGCUUCCUUAAUUUGUGAUAACCUCAAUAUUGGUAACUUAUAUUUGUGUUCAAGAUCAAUGAUUAUAUUGUUCCCUCUAUUUACGCUUCCAUAAACAAGUGCGCAGCUAUAAAAAUUCUGCUCAUUAAUGUAUUAUCCAAUUAUUUGUGUACUUCCGAAACUAUUCGUGUAUUUAUAUACUUACCAUGACCCAAAGUAGUUUACUUUGUGUCGAUCAAAUUUGCAAUAUGUAAUAUAUAAUCAAAAAUACUUCUAGAUAAUAAUCGUAGUAUAAUACCUACGCUUAUAUUUCACUCCUUGUAUUAACAUAAGUAUAGUUAAAAUCGUGUGUAAUUUUUUUGUUUGAAAUUAAAAUACAAAUAAAUAUGUAAUAUAAUUAUAGAACAAUUCUUAGGCAUUUAUUGUUCGGAAAUCGGGGUAUCGUGUUUAGAUUUAUAUCUAUUGAGUAGAUAUAUUUAGUUACCUUAGUUAUUUAACCACUUAUUUAUAUGUUAUAGUUCCAUAUCUGAAACACAUAGGCACGAUA